AUAUUUGUCAAUCUUGAAUGGCUGGAGUGUCACAGGUGGUGUUGGUGAUUCCCCAUCUCUCCCAUCAGCAGCACUGGUUCCCAUCAUCAUGUUUCCACCAGGAAUAAACAUCCCAUCAACUGCCGAAACAAAAUAUUAUUUAUCUUCAACAAAACUGCUUACAACAAAUGGUCAGUUUAGGGUCUUAAAAACACUUCCACACAAUUUUCAGUAAAAUAUGACAUUUGGGUUUUUCAUGUAUGUAUUUUACAAAAUUAGGAAAUGCUUAACAUGAUCGAAAUGAUGGAAAGACAUAAAAGACAUGUAAUGUUGGGAAUUAGUUUUUUGUGUCACCAAAAUGCAUCCCUGUCCUGCUCAAAUACAACAGAUAAUAGAUAUUAUGAUUCUCCUAAAACAAAAACUUUGAUCAUACAAACGUAUUUCAGUCAACACACUCUAUUACAAAGUAAGUGCAAAAUACUGCAUCCCAGCACACAAGGCACGGCGAUGCACUGUGUCUCUCAGUGUCUGGUUGACAUGACUUGGCAUAAAUUGGGGUAUAACUUUUGUGUCCUUGGUUAAAAUAAGAUGUUCAUGCACUGAGUAGUUGGUGUCCUGAUAUAAAUGAAAUUGUGGUGUGCAUCAUGGCAGGCGUGGAGUACUGGUGUGUUCACUGUCCAGACUCAUUGGCAUGAUUGAGAGCAAACGUGAGCGGUCACGGCCUACAGCAGGGUGUGACCAAGUAAAAUAUAAAAAAUCUCCAAAGAAUCGCUAGCUUUAUUUAAAUAUAGCUAAAAUAGCUCCUUUUCACCAAAAAAAUAAAUAAAAUAAAAUAAAAGUCACAGCUACAAUGAGAAAGUAAAUAAAUUUGACAAAAUCCUCAAAAUAGGCAACACUGGUAUUUAUCGCCAUUAUUGGUUUGGAGAAUGAAGAAUUAAAGGGAUAGUUCACCCAAAAAAAUAAAUGUUCUGUUUACUCACUCUCAAGCUGUUCCAAACCUGUAUGAAUCACUUUCUUAUGCUGAACACAAAAAAAAAUAUAUAACUAAAGAGUCCCCAUUUACAUGUAUGGAGAAGAAGUCACUAGGGACCAAACAUUUUGGUUAUCCACAUCCAGGUCUUCAAAAUAUCUUAUUUUGUUUUCCAAAGAAUGAAAUUCAUACAUAUUUGGGACAACUUGAAGGUGAGUAAAAGAUGAUAGUUUUUAACUAUCCCUUUAAGUCUGGAGCACUGUGAGUUGUUUUCACUGCUAUAGUUGUUGUCACAGCCCACUUUUCAGCUAUUAAGUAACUUUAAUAUGACUCUAAUAAACAGCAAAUCUUCUGUUACUAUCAUUAGUGUAAAGAUGGUCACACACAUGGAGAUGCAGCUAAUUCACAUUUAUGCUUAAGGACCUCACUCAGAGCACUUGCCGUUAAAGUAUUAGUUUUUAAAAAUGAACUGUGUUUUGUUAUUAUAUAAUUCUAUUUGGGAAUCUUUUUAUCUAUGGAAGUGUUGAAAUUAUUUGAGAUCAGAUCUUAAUGCCUGUUUAAUGCUUUCAUAUAAUAUCGACAACUGGCCCGUCAUAAGCAGAUAUUGAUAUAUCUGAUAUUUAGAAAAAGAUGCAAUGCAUAUGUUUCAGUCUGGCUGAAAUGUUUUUCUGGCUUGAUCUGAAUGCAGUCUUUUAUUAUACCUAAGAGCAAUGCUGUGAAAUUCUCUAGCCAAUUGUCUAAACAUUUUCUGAAAAGCAACAUUGUCAUGAGGACAGGACAAGCCGUGAGAGCAUGUUCAUGAUGGGACUGCCAUGGCUGCUAGUUCUGGAGCUUGUCCUUUACGCUGGGUGUUUCAUCUGCGGGGUGAUAGCUGCUGCCUGGAUGACACUCACUCAGGGCCACUUUGAUGGACGGUGCAUCCUCUAUGGAAGUGUUCAUUAUAAUGCAUCUGGCCAGGCUCUGACCGUGGAAGGCUCCAGUUCUCCUUCAGUCUGCUAUUUCGUGUCUGCCAUUUCUGUGUGCAUGGCUAUUUACUGCUUUUCCCUUAUUCUAUACUGGAUCUAUGCCAGCUGUGUAGAUGAGGAUGUGAGAAGGGGGACUGUUUCUCUCAACACUUCUCUGGGAGUCUGUGGUCUUCUUCUGUUUGUUCUCAUGGUAUCAGGAUGUAUUCUCAAGAUCGGUCGAGACAGCCUUUGUUUCUCUGUCCUUCACAACACUCCCUCUAUUACAAGUUGUGAAGAUGCAGAGAAUAAAACUUGGGCCCAUCCAUACACCGGAAAUCAGUUCUACACAGGACUGUACAGUACUGAGAGAUCUAUGUGGGUAAGCUUCUUCUUCUGGGUGUUAAUAACGGCUGUGGUGGUCAUGCAGAGACGCCAGAGCUCAAGGUUGAAGGUUUGGGGUGAUGAUGAAUUUAGCCGUGCUGAGACGGAGCCCUUUCUCCAUCGCCCAUCCCGACAGAGAUAAAUAAGCUGUUCUAUUCCUAUAACAUGAGCUUAUCAUGUAGUUUUUAGUGUAUACACUCAGAUGGGACCACAAGCAGUUAUGAAAUACCUAAUAGUAAUAAGUUUUAAGUAAUUAAGUUUUUAAUUAUUCACAUAAACAGUUUUUUUGAUGUAUGAUAGCUACAAUAAUAUACACUGUUUUAAAAUAUGUCCAGAGAGACAAUAAUCAUGUCUUAGACCAUGUGUUUGGACAUAUACACCAGGAUAAAUUCAUAAUGGCUUAUAUACACUCUUAUCUUAUCUUUACAAAUGUGUGCUGUGGAUUGUUUAGAGGAUUAAAAGAAAACUACGCCAAUAACUGAUGGUACGAAUCUAACAUUUAAAGCUGAAGUGUGGAAAUUCUGCCCCAGUACCAGAAGAAAUCAGGAUGGUUUUCAAAAAGGUUUGCCAAACACUUCCCCAUCAGCCAUUGGAUGAGCAAACAGAUAGUCCCGCCCCAAACUCACACUAUUGGUUGAGUGCUUGUUGUUGUUUCAGGAUUAGAUUUUAAUUAAUAAAAAGAAAAUACAUUUCACAUCAAAUUUGAUGAUGUGAACUAGGAGACCGCUAUUUUUUUUCUGUCAAUGCAAAUUUCAUUGAAUUUAAGUGGUAAGCUCUCCACUGUGUUUCAGAGCUGCUUGCUUAGUUUGCGAGCCUGUCUCUCUUUGGCUUCAAAGGCCACCUUAGUGUCUAUCAGAGUUUCCAGUGCUUUGCACAUCUCAGCCAUGUCCCGUUGAAGCACGUCGCUUUGGCUAAGAAGACUCUGGCUCUCCUCUCUCAGCUGCACGGCUAGAGCAUCCAUCUGCGUGCUCUCCUCCUGACACUGUGCAUGCAGCUGAACGGCCAAUGAGAGCAAGCCCUCCGCGUGGCUCACCACUGAGUCCAACUGGUCCUUCGACAUCCUGUUGUUCUUCACUCGACAGCUGCUCCACACCAAGUCCAGCUGGAUUGCAUCAACCAGUUAGAAAGGUAUAAUGGACAUUAAUAUUGACAGCCUAUAUAUAGGACUACUGUAUAUUUUAAUAACUAUU